ACUGAUCUUGGUCAAGUGUACGCUUCACCUUCUUUUACAACAGAGCGUCUAUCGACUGAGAUGUAAUUAGGAAAUAAACAUGGCAGGGAAAAAUGAUAGAAAUAUUUGGGAGUCGUUUAUAGGAAAUAUUGACCUUGUCAUUCAACAAAUCGAAGAAUGUGAGGGUAGAUCUGAAACUCCUCCAGGAUUCGAGUUUGAGGCUUUCUGGAGUGACCUUGGAAAAGUAUUCAAGGCAGUUUCCCAUGAAGCGACCAAACUCUCGCUGGCCUACUCAAAGUCGCCUCGACCUUCCAAUGUGGAGUGUGAGAGCUUGCUGGCUGGGGUGGAGAAAACCCUUAUAGGCUUAGUCCACAUCCACAGCAAACUGCCCAAGACAGCAGGCUUAACCCUGAGAAAGCAGAUAAAGCAAGCAGUGCAACAGUUGGUUAAGGAGAUGAAGACACUGGCACAGACUAUUCACACCAUGGACACUGGGAGUCCUGAACAGCUCCAGCAGACGGGCAUGGUGUGGGACGGCAGUGACAAGUUCUAUCUUCUUCCACAGGAUAACAAGGCUGCUGUGUCACGAGUGUUGGAUCAACAUGUUCCCAUGGUAGACGAUGCCCACUCGGAACUCACAGAGGCGUUGAACUGUGAAGAGGAUGACGAUGGUCUUGAUGAAUUUCUGGGGCUUGAGAACUCCAGUUCCCAGAAUGACCAGCACUGGUCAGAGAACGACAAGACCGUCAUACAGUACUGUCUGGGCCUCAUCAAGUGCUCAAAAUCCCUACUAAAGAAGGCCCGAUCCGCAGUGAGCGCUAAUGGGGACUGCAGGACGGAGAUGGGGGUGGUUCAGCUUGAUGACCUCGCCGAGCUGGUUGAGAGGUUGAGUCCAACUGUGGAUGAACUGGCCUCCUGUGUGUACCCGCCUCUCAGGUGCUCAGUUGUCGCACAGAAGGCUGCUGAUGUAGUCAAAGCCAACAAAGAAGCCAUUUUAUUUUUGAAGCAGAGCCAGCUGACGGGCGAGGAUGACCAGAAGUGGGUGGAGUUCCUGAGGCGAGCCAACACACAUAACUUCAACAAGCUGAAUGCCGCCCUCACAGGCACAUGAGCAAUGCCUUGGGACUGUGAUAGUCUGUUCUUUGAUAUCAUCAAUGCUUUAAACACUCAUGGAUGUUUUUGUCGAACACUUAGAUGACAGUUACUUAAGAAGCAAACAUUUGACUUAAGAUUAAGUAAUGAAGUCAUUCAUGAUAGCGUAUCAUAGCAUACUCAUCUCUGCUUCCUUCAGGGAAGUUCUGUUAAAGUUGUCAGUUAUUGUUAUUGUGGUUCGUGGAUGUAGAAAAGGUCAAAGAGAUACUGUCAUAGCCUUGGGCAUCUUUUAGUCUUUGGCUUCUUAAAUGAUUUUUUUAAAGCAAGCAAAAAAUCAGAAACCUUUAAAGGUAUUGGCAUGAAACUUGUGCAUGUUUUUAAUUCAUAUACCUGAUAACACUUGUGAAGAAAGGCACAUUACUUUAUGUUAUAUAUUUUCCAGUUUUUCCCCUUGGUCACUGACAAAUAUUUGCAUCCACUGACAGUCUUGGGCUGGAAUUCAAUAUCAGUCUUAAUUCAUAUUGGAUCAAAGAACGAUGUAGCUAAUCAGAUUACUUGUUAUUGAUAACUGACCAAUAGAGUGAAUGAAGUCAAUAAUGUAUGACCUUAAGAAUGACUUAAGUCACAUAUUGAAUUCCACCCCUGACUUGAUUAAUAAGUCCAGCAAUAGAUAGGCUUUAAAGACUUUAUUAAUAAGCUGUUUGUUUGUC